AUGUCAAACAACUACCAUUUCCGCAUCGCCACCACGGAUGAGGCCCCUCAACUCCUAAACCUCAUCCAUGCAGCAUUCCGAUUCACCGGCGCCAGCAUCGAAUGGAUUGGAUCACCAGAGCUCGCCAAGACGUUUACAAUGGACAUUGGCGUCAUCGUUGACAGAAUCAACUCCCCCGAAAACGUCUUUUUCAUCGUGAGCGACGUACCAAACGGUCCUGCGAUAGCUUGCGUCAAUGUCUUCAAGAAAGCACCCGGCUACGGCCGCAUAGCCUUGCUGGCGGUUGAUCCCACCAUCCAGCGUGGCGGUUUGGGAAAGAUUGUCAUAAACAAGGCGGAGGGAUAUCUCAAGGAGGAGCUUGGUGUCAAGAGGAUUGGGUUGAAUGCACUACAGACGAGGAAGGGCCUUAUUGCGUGGUACGAGAGGCAGGGCUAUGUCAAGAACGGCGAUGUUGAGAGAAUUCCCAUUGAGGGGUCUGAGGAGGAAAUUGUGCUUCUUGAGUUUGACAAGAAUGUUUGA